CCGAUCACUGUCGACAUUGGCACACAACUGCUUCUCCAGCACAGCGCGAAGCAACCCACGAACUGGACAACAUGGUCUCAUCACUUUUUGGCGCGCUGUUGCGUCUACCAUCGACUACCCGCACCUGUCUCAGCACCCUCAUAACUCCGGCUACGACUCUCGCGACGCGCUCCUUCUCGACCACGAUCCAACGACAAGCAACGUACAAUCAGGUCAUUCGAGGCUGCAGAGUUGGGCAAAAAGCACGGAAGCCUACAUCUCCCCAGCUCGCCAACACAAAGUGUCCGGAGAUGAAGGGUGUUUGCCUACGUGUGGGUGUUACAAAGCCCAAGAAGCCCAAUUCGGGAGAGAGAAAGGUUGCGAGGGUGCGGUUGAGCAGUGGCAACGUGAUCACAGCAUACAUUCCUGGUGAAGGCCAUAACAUCCAACAGCAUUCGGUCGUCCUUGUGAGAGGAGGGAGAUCACAAGAUUGUCCCGGUGUGAAAUAUCAUCUUGUGAGAGGCGCAAUGGACUUGGGCGGUGUGGGAAACCGAGUUACAAGCAGAUCCAAAUAUGGUACCAAGAAACCGAAGGCGGCAGCAGUAUAAAAUCCCGGAAGCACACGAGUCAAAGCUACCUCCUUCGAAACUUCGACGCAUUCUGCGUAGGAUCAGGUCGCCGUCAAAAGUGCCUGCGCAUAGACCGGUCUUCCUCGUUCGUGCGACUGCCAGACUCCUGAGCUGAGGCUAGGUGCAAAUCUCAUCCAGUCGAAAUGGUCGACGAGCAGGCGAACGCUCAGCCCAUCUAUCCUCUUGUGUCGCCGUUCACGCAGCACAUAUGGUUGCACGACGGCUCGCUGAAACGGUCAUGUCAAGCCAAAGCUGAUAUAAGACUAAGUAUCGCCAAGACGGCUUCCGAGACAGCACAGCUGAUCAACUCCAAGUCUGGCGUCCAACCUGCUGUUUAUGUCGUGCAAUACGAGCAUUGGCACCACGAUGGCAUAGCACAAACGAAUAGGCUCUUCCUCCUCUACUGGACCUACCGUGCCGACUCGCAUUCGCAUGAGGAUUGCUGCAGCACGAGAAUAGCAGAGAUCCUUUGACGUAACACAAGAAAUGCGCUGAGGCCAUUCACUAUGUACAUAUAGAAGAGCGAUGGUCUACAAGCUCACAAAAGUGCAGAAAGCAAAGUAUCAUAUCGAGAAUUCACUCUGCUGAAACACGCGGAACAGCAUAAACUGCAAUGUAUUCUCCAGCUACAUUUUCCUUCUGUGUCUUGACAGUGGCCAGCGUCGCGUAUCGCAGCACUUCUAUCUCACAGUGUUGACCUCACCCGUCUGACAGGCUAUAGCUUCGCAAACAAGACUCCGUGCUUCCGCAGCACAACUACCGUUCC